GGUCCCGGAGCACGCCUCCUGCCCCCUCGCAUCUCAGCUCUCGGGACCCUCCGCGGCGUCCCGGGGCCCCCUGCCCGCGCGCGCGCCGGGAGCGCGGGGCCCCCGCUGUACGGCGGAGCCUCGGUCAAGAUGGCCGCGCCCUCCCGCGAUAGCCAGGGGCGCCGCCAUCGCAGGCGCCGGGCUCGCUAAGGCCGCGCUUCGAGCAGCCGCCAUGUCGGCCUCCGCCUGCGACCCGAUCCUCACAAAGCAGGAGAGCGUGGGCCGGAGGAGGGGUGCGGGAACGGCCGAAGGGGCCGGGUGUGCCGCGGAGAUGGCCGUGUCGGAGCCGGGGGGCAGCGCCGCGGGAUCAGUAACAUUCAAAGAUGUGACUAUGGCUUUUACCCAGAAGGAAUGGGAGCAACUAGAUCCUGCCCAGAGGAACCUGUAUAAGGAUGUGAUGCUGGAGAACUACAGCAACCUUGCCUCAAUGGGUUAUCAAGCUCCCAAACCAGACAUGAUCUCCAAGUUGGAAAAAGGAGAAGAGCCACGGUUGGGGAAGGGCAAAAAACCUAGACAAGGUGGUCCCAGUGAAAUAGCAAGACCCAAGCAAAUAGGAACCAAUGGAAAAGAAGUCCAGCAAGAUAACCACCAGCUAGGGAAUCACCAGGAAUCUCAAAACAAACUCCUCAGGGAAGUUGCAUUUAAGAAAAAAAGUCUGACUAAGAAGAAAGGCCAUGAAUGUAGCUCACUGGGGGAAAUAAAUGUGAGUACAAAACAUGUUCCUUCAAAAAGAAAGCUUAAAUUUGAUUCACAUGGAAAGAGUUUGAAACAGAAUUUAGACUUACUUGGUCAUAUAAGAAACUAUGCAAAAAAGAAACCUAAUGUAACUAAAGAGCACAAGAAAUCUUUCAGCCAUAGCUUACCUGAUACAAAGAAAAACAAAAAUCAAACUGGAAAGAAACAGAAAUUAUCCAACCAUAGCUUAUCUAAUAAGCAUGACAAAACUCAAACUGGCAAGAAACAUGAGAAAUUAUCUCAUCAUAGCUCAUCCCAUACUAAAUGCGACAAAAUUCAAACUGGAAAGAAACAUGAGAAAUCAUCCAGCCGUAGCUCAUCUACUAAGUGUGACAAAACUCAAGCUAAAGCCAAACCCUAUGAAUGUAAUCAAUGUGGGAAGGUUCUCAGUCACAAGCAAGGACUCACUGACCAUCAGAGAAUUCAUACUGGGGAGAAACCAUAUGAAUGCGAUGAAUGUGGGAUAGCCUUUAGCCAAAAGUCACACCUCGUUGUGCAUCAGAGAACUCACACUGGAGAAAAGCCAUAUGAGUGUACUCAGUGUGGCAAAGCCCACAGUCAUAAACAUGCCCUCACUGACCAUCUGAGAGUUCAUACUGGGGAAAAGCCCUAUAAAUGUACUGAUUGUGGGAAAACCUUUAGACACAGCUCAAACCUUAUUCAACAUGUAAGAUCUCAUACAGGUGAGAAGCCCUAUGAAUGUAAGGAAUGUGGAAAAUCCUUUAGGUAUAACUCAUCUCUUACAGAACAUGUGAGGACUCAUACAGGUGAAAUACCAUAUGAAUGUCAUGAAUGUGGAAAGGCUUUUAAGUAUAGCUCAUCCCUUACUAAACAUAUGAGAAUUCAUACAGGUGAGAAGCCCUUUGAAUGUAAUGAAUGUGGGAAAGCUUUCAGCAAGAAGUCACACCUCAUCAUACAUCAAAGAACUCAUACUAAGGAGAAACCCUACAAAUGUAAUGAAUGUGGAAAAGCAUUUGGACAUAGCUCAUCUCUUACUUACCACACGAGAACUCAUACAGGUGAAAGUCCUUUUGAAUGUAACCAGUGUGGAAAGGCCUUCAAACAAAUUGAAGGCCUUACUCAACAUCAGAGAGUUCAUACUGGGGAAAAACCCUAUGAAUGUAAUGAAUGUGGGAAAGCUUUUAGCCAAAAGUCACAUCUCAUUGUACAUCAGAGGACUCAUACUGGGGAGAAACCUUUUGAAUGUAAUGAAUGUGGAAAAGCUUUCAAUGUAAAGUCACAACUUGUUAUACAUCAGAGAUCCCACACUGGAGAGAAACCCUAUGAAUGUAAUGAAUGUGGAAAAGCUUUCAAACAAAAUGCAUCCCUUACCAAACAUCCGAAAAUUCUAACCAGUGAGAAAUUAUAUAAAUGUGUUCAGUGUGGAAAAGCCUUCAGUGGAAAGUCGGGACUUAUUGUACAUCAGAGAAUUCAUACUGGAGAGAAACCAUACAAAUGUAAUGAAUGUGAAAAAGCCUUUAUUCAGAAGUCACAACUCACUGUACAUCAGAGAACUCAUACAGGAGAGAAACCCUAUGAAUGUAAUGAAUGUGGGAAAGCAUUCAUCCAGAAGUCAAACCUCAUUAUUCAUCAGAGGAUUCACACAGGGGAAAAACCAUAUGAAUGCAAUGAAUGUGGGAAAGCUUUCAUCAAGAAAUCAACACUUAGUGUUCAUCAAAGAGCUCAUACUGGGGAGAAACCAUAUGAAUGUAGUGACUGUGGGAAAGCCUUCAUCUGGCAGUCACAGCUCAUUAUACAUCAGAGAAUUCAUACUGGGGAGAAACCCCAUGGAUGUAAUGAAUGUGGAAAAGCCUUCAACAGGAAGUCAGAACUAAGUGUACAUCACAGAAUUCACACUGGAGAGAAACCCUUUGAGUGUAAUGAAUGUAAAAAAGCCUUCAUUCAAAAGUCAGAUCUCAUUGUACAUCAGAGAACUCACACUGGGGACAAAAGGUAUCAAUGCAAUGAUUGUGGGAAAGCCUUCAUCCGGAGCUCACAGUUCAUUGAACAUCAGAGAAUUCAUACUGGGGAGAAACCCUAUGAAUGCAGUGAAUGCAGAAAAGCUUUUAUCCAGAAAUCACAACUCAUUGUGCAUCAAAGAAUCCAUACUGGGAUGAAGCCAUAUGAAUGCAUUGAGUGUGGAAAAGCCUUUAGUAAGAAGUCACACCUCACUGUGCAUCAUAGAAUACAUACUGGAGAAAAACCCUAUGCAUGUAGUAAUUGUAGAAAAGCUUUCAGCAAGAAAUCUACUCUCAUUGUUCAUCAGAGAAUUCAUAUUGAACACAAAUCCUUUUAAUGGAAUGAGAAAACUUUGAUUCAGCGAUCAAAGUUUCAUCACACAUCCUAGAAUUCAUUAAGCCUAAAAAUUCUAUGAAUGUACUAAACUUGAGGACCCUUCAACAAUAGCUCCCAAACUAUUAAGCACCAAAAAUAAAUACCAAGAAGCAACUUUGAGAAAUCAUGUUUCCAAAAAAAAAUUACAUUGGACAUCUUGGUUCAGGCCUGAUAGUAAAAGUUUUUUUUUAAGUAUGAUAGAAAAAUCUCAACCACAUGUGAUUGACUUGUUCACUGUGUAGUACAAGUUUUUUUAAAUGAGUGAGUAUAGUUAGCAUUUGAGCAACAUGGGUUAGGGGCACCAUUGCCCUAUGCAGUUGAAAAUUCAUGUGUAACUUAACUCUCCAAAAACUUAACUAAUAAAUAGCCUCCUACUAUUGACUGGAAACCUUACUGGUAACAUAACCAUUGAUUAACACGUUUUUAUAUUAUAUGUAUCAUAUAUUGUAUUCUUACAAUUAAGUAAGCUAUAAAAAGAAAAUGUUAUUAAAAAGUCAUAAGGGGGUGCCAAUGGGGCUCAGUCAGUGGAGCAUGCAACUCUUAAUCUUGGGGUUGUGAGUUAGAGCCCCACAUUAGAUGUAGAGAUUAUUUAAAAAUCUUUUUAAAAAGUCAUAAGGAAGAGAAAAUACAUGUAUAGUAUUGUACUGUAUUUAUAAAAAAAAUCCAAGGACCCUCAUAGUUCAAACCUGUAUUGUUGAAGGGCCACCUUCAAAUUGAUUAAUCAGGACAACGAAAUGACAACUAUAUGUGAUUAUCCUACAAAUCAUGUAGGAAUGGUGUACAUAACCCAAAUUAUCUGUCAUUUGGAAGUGGCUAUGGAUAUUCAUGCCUGCUUUACUUUCCACACUAAAUGACACCAUUUUCCCCACAUCUUAAAAAAUGUAAAAGGAUACAUUGUAACUAAAUUACAACUAGCUCUUCCCCCCACUCUUUCUUGAUGUGUAUAGAAUUACGAGAAGAUGAAACCAGUGUAUUUAUAAAGACAUCAAAAGUUUGGUGUCUUUGAUACUUUUAUACUUUUGAAAAUAUUGCUUGAUGUAAAGCAUUCAGAAGUAAGAAAUACAUCAAACAACAGACAAAGCAAGUAGUGGAUGUAGACAAUGUUGGCAUACUCAACAUAUGACAAAAAUUGUUCUACACAAAGGAAUUCCUCCUGUUCAUAGCCCUUUUUCAGCUCAUGGUAUUUACAUGCAUACUCUUAUGCAUAUCUUGAGAUCUUUAUAUCCUUGUGAUUAUCAGAAGUGAAUUUUUUAAAAGCCUUCUAGAUUGGAUAUUUCUACCACACUUUCUGCUAAGUAAUUUUACAUGUACUUUCUCAUUUAAUCCUUUCAGCAAAUGCAUGAAACUGAGAUUAUCACCAUUUUAUAGGUGAGGCAAGCCUAGAGAAGUUUCUUGACCUGGCUAAACCCAUGUGGCUAAUAAGUGGAAGGUUGGGAUUCAGAUCAACCUCUUAGCCUCCACACAAUUCUGUCCCACUGGAGACAUGGAGGAGUUGGUGUCAUGUCACUUCAGCUCGACAGAAUUUAAAUGAACUUGACAUAAUAUGGUAUUCUGUAUCCUGUCCCUACAUUAUGCUAAAUAAAUUAACAAGAAACAUGCAUUUUAAAAACUGUUUAUUUAUUUUGACAGAGAGAGAGAGCAAGCAGGGGAGGGGCAGAGAGAGAAUCCCAAGCAGGCUUUGCACUGACGGUACAGAGCUUCACACGGGGCUCAAACCCACAAACCUUGAGAUCAUGACCUAAGUUGAAAUCAAGAGUUAGACACUUAACUGACUGAGCCACCCAGUUGCUCCAAGAAACAUGCAUUUUGAAGGGACUAUUAAAUUGUAGUUUCUUAUAUGUAGAAGCUCUUGGAGAUACAUUUUGAGGGGUAUCUAUUUUGCUGCCCUAUACGUUUUCUUGUGACCAGCCUGAACAUAGAAAUAAUACUAUUAUUUUAUAAUUUGUUUGCAAAUUAAGUCUUUGUUUUGUUGAGUUGUCAUUUUAUCACAAAUAACUUUUCUUAGAAAUUCUAUUAUCCAAGGCAUCCUUUCCUUUUAGUUUUUAUUAUUUUAUUUUAUUUUUAAGUGUUUUAUUUAUCUUUGAGAGAUAAAGCACACAUAGGGAAGGGGCAGAGACAGAAGGGGACAGAGGAUCCGAAGCAGGCUCUGCACUGAGAGCAGUGAGCCAGAUGCAGGGCUUGAGCUCACAAACCAUGAGAUCAUGACCUGAGCCGAAGUAGGGCGCUCAACCAGCUGAGCCACCCAAGCACCCUGGCAUUCUUUCCUUUUAAAGAACAAUAACUUCAUAUAAGUUGUAAAUAUUGUUGUCAAGUAAUAUUAUGAAAAGGUUCAUAUCAAAAACCUUUCAGCCUUUCCCUAAAAUGAAGGUGAAGCUGAUAUUGAGCUUGAUCCUAAGUUUUUGUUUUGUUUUGUCAGAGAGAGAGAGAGAGAGAGAGAGAGAGAGAGAGAGAGAACAUAUGUGGAAGCUGGGUAGGAGCAGAGGAGGAAGGAGAAUCUGAAGCAGGCUCCACAGCCAGCACAGAGCCUGAUGUGAGGCUCCAUCUCAUGACUGAUAUCAUGACCUGAGCUGAAAUCAAGAGUCGGAUAUUUAACCAACUGAGCCACCCAGGCUCCCUGAUCCUAAAUUUUUAUCAAAUAUUUUUUCUUAGAUUUUAAAUUAAAAGUAAUAUUUUAAAAUAGGAAGUGUCAAUAAUAGUCAUGAUUUUUACUGUAGAUUUUAACUUUGCAAUAAUGGUUUUAAACUAAUAAGUGAAUUGCAGUCAUGUAAUUCUUUAUUAGUCAUUUUUUAUUAGUCACUUUCGAAGAUAAAUACCAGGGGUGCCUGGGUGGUUCAGUUGGUUGAGUGUCCAACUUCGACUCAGGUCAUGAUCUUCACAGUUUGUGAGUUCAAGCCCUGCAUCAGGCUCUGUGCUGACAGCUCAGAGCCUGGAGCCUGCUUCGAAUUCUCUCUCUCUCUCCCUCUCUGCUCCUCCCCCACUCAUGCUCUCUCUGUCUCUCCUUCAAAAAUUAAAUAAUUAAGUAAUUAAUUAAUUAAAAAAAAGAAUAUUGAAGAUAAAUACUGAGUUGGGAUGUAAAUGUAUGAAAUUAAUUUUCUAAACAAAUAUCAGGAACUAAAAUAUUCACAUGUAUCUUGCCCUUCAAUGUUUGCAUCUUGGAAACUAUAUGAUAAUGCCACUUAUGCAGUUAUGCCAAUCAUUUAUGGAAUUCCUCUCUCUUAGAACUUCUCUCAGAUCCAGCUUGCCUGUUAGGCCUCAUAUGGAACUAUGUAGUAUUUUCAGAGACCCUUCAUUCAUUAGAAUACAUUGUUUUUCUAGCCCUUCUCCCUCCUCACUAUCAUCCCAUUAAUUCUGUAUAUGACUUCAGCAAGAAGAAAGCUUGUGCCCCUUCUAUAGGCAUUUCAAGUCUCAGACCCUUAGAAGAUUCAGUAUCUCUAUUUUCAAUGUCUUGUCUUCUAUUUAAUGGUUUCCUUUACAUAGCUACCAUCACCAUGAGCAUAAAAUAGGUAGGAAAUUCUUACAGUUUUUUUUUAACUUUCCUCCUGUAUUUUGACAUCUGAGCCUAUGUAUUCUCUUUAAAUGGAUACUUCAUACUGCCUCCUUUCUACUCCAGUAGUAUUACUAAUAGGUAUUUUUUGGGCACUAUGAAUUAGGUACUAGUGUCUUCAACAACUGGAAUUUAAGGGAUUACACAGGACACCACGAUUCAUACCCAGGGACUCUGAAACAUUAUACUGUACAUAAACUCACAGAUAUUUCAGAGUUUCCAGGCAGAGUUAAAAGUUGAAACAAAUGGGAGCACCUGGGUAGCUCAGUUGGUUAAGAGUCCGAUUCUUGAUUUUGGCUCAGGUCAUGAUCUGGAGUUGUAAGAUUGGGACCCACAUUAGGCUCCAUGCAGAGCCCCCUUAAGAUUCUCUCUCACUCUCCCUUUGCCCCUCUCUGCCACUUGAGCUUGCUCUCUCUCUCAAAAAAAAAAUUAAACAAAUGGAACUACUCUAGUAAUGCUGAAAAUAUGGUUUAAAAUGGUUUGCAAAUUAAAGAAUUGCAAUGUUUACAUGCUUGCUGUUGAGAUUUACUUGAAGCUAUGUAUGCUGAUGGUCACCCAAAUGCUUAGAUACUAUGUUUAUUUCAACUUCAAAAUGUUGUCACAGUUGCACACUUCACAGUCGAAUCUCCCAUAUUUUAGACAUUCUUAGAGUAUAACAGAUCAAAAUGGUAUUAUGCAAGUGUGUGAGUGGGUAUGGUUAGGAUGGGAGGGAGGCACACCAUGGGUUUUUUCUGAAAAGGUGGAGAAAAUCAAAUUUCCAUUUGUUAGCCUAAGUAGAGAUGAAUCACAAGAAAAAAUAAAAAAAGUUAAAUGAUAUUGAAAUGAAAAUAAAAUAUAUCAAAGUAUUGGAAAUGCCACUAAACCAGAGCUUGGAGUAAAAUUUAUAGUGUCAAAUGUUUUACUAGAAAAGAAGAAAUGUGUAAAAUUAAUUAGUCAAGCUUCCUUCUUAUGAAGAUAUGAACAAAUGAAACCCCCAAUACUGUUAAUUUUCCAAAUUAUUUUGGCUCUUGCAUUUCCAUCUCUGUUUUACACUUUUGUGUGUUUUCUAACCCAUUAAAAAUAUAAAAAUACAGUCAAUUUUAUUUCU